UCCGUAGCCUCUGGCUCAAGGCCAGCGGGCUCGAGGCAGAUGCGCUCCAGCGCGGCCCCGGCCCGCCGGGGGCCCCCUCGGCGCGGGCACCGCGGGCUCCGCGCCGUGGCCGGCGCGCGAUGCCUUGCGACUCACGGUGGCUGCUGACGUUGGGCAUUCCCGCCGCGGCCAUCUGGGGUGCCCCGAGCCUCUGCGCCUGGGAGUGGCCGCGGCUGCCGCGGCUGCGGCUGCCGCUGCCGCGGCUGGGGGCCGGUGCCAGCGCGGCCGCUGCCGCGGCUGGCGGCGCCUCGGGGGAGAAGUGGCCUUGGCGCCCUUUUUGGGGUCGAGGAGGUGGAUGCCAGGCAGCGCGACGGGAGUGGGUUGAACGUCAGGGUGAAACAGGAAAUAAUUGUGAACAACCGCGUGAAGCAAGACGAUGUCGCGGCCGGUAGGCCAGCCAGUCGUGGCGGCAGCGACGGAGCGGCCUUCCGUGUCGCCGUGGUCUUGGAGGAGAACAGCUCUGUCGUGCUUCCCUCCGGCGCCGAGGUGGUGGACGCCACGCUGUGCGACGAGAGUGGGUUGAAGAUCAGUGUGAAGCAAGAGGUCCAGUAUCAGUGCGCAAGCGGCAACACAACUGUCUAUGCACUGAGGGAGCUCUAUGCCCCCCCCGAGCGGUUCAGGAUGAGGUCGCUCGAGAUUACCUACAAGCUGGCGUGUGCUCCAACCACCGAGCCUUCGCGCCAGAGACCUCCUGGGGUGACCGUGCUUGCGCAGAUUGGCAACGCGAGCAUGGACAGAUGGGCAGAUCUGAAGCAUUGCAUGUCAAAGAUGUCGCUGGCUAUGAAGACCGAGGGGCAUGGCUUCUCUGUGUUCCUUGCCUUCCAGGAGAAUCUUAGUUCAAAGGAAAUGAGAGGGUUCGAGUUGGAUGCCCGUCGCGCGUUCGAAAGUGGAGCUGUCAGGAGCAUCAGGGUGGAGAACCGGGGGGCCGACAUCGGACCCUACCUCCGCCAGCUGCAGGUCCUGAGGGGGCAGAGCCCACGGGCUGUGGAGGUUCUGAACGUGCCCCCGUUCGUGCGCUCGCAGCGUCUGAGGGGCCCCGAGGCCUUUGACACGUUCCUGAAGGUUCACAGCAAGAGCAACGGCCGACAGAGACGCAGCUGGCUCAGAGACCUAUGCGGGGACGUAGAGAAAGUACGACACGUGUACAGUCAAUUUAAGAGGUCCAAGUCGCUGGGCAUGGUUGGCGCAUCAGCGCAGGUUUUACAGUAUCCUCAGAGAACCAACCGGUUUACGGUCUGGGGUCAUAAGGAUAUCGACGCAAUGAAGAGGACGUGGAAGAUGAUGCAGCCCUGCGUGCCUUUCGACAUCCCGAUGAGAGUGGUGCGCAUCAUUGCAGGAUCGUUCUACUGGGUCCGCCCGGACGCUGUGAUGUACCAGAUCAUUUUGCAUUCUGCGGAGAAGUUGAUCGAGUCGAUGCCGUCAGGGUACAAGACCUUGACGACGGCCCAAACGUCGCACGCGCUCGAGCGAUUGAUGCCAACGAUGGCGGUUGCUGUGUAUGGGCUGGACGUGGUUUCUGUUGACGUGCUGGGCUCGAGCGGAUGGUGCCAAUGAUGGCAGCUUCCUGUUGCGGGCUGCACGUGGUCUCCGUGGGCGAGCUCGUGCCCCUGGACAGCCCUCACCGUCGGCUGCUGCCUCGCUGCGCUGGGGUGGCCUGUGUUGGCAGCAGCCACGGCCGCCCUCUCGACGAGGACGCCGGCGGCGGCCGCGGACGAGAGCGUGCGCGGGCGGCCCCUCGACGACCAGUCGCCACCAGGUGAAGGUCACGCAGGCUUCGGUUCUCAUGGUCGUGAGGGUCGAGACGGAGCAAACCAGCCUCGUGGAGAAUCAGGGCCGAGCUGUUGGAGUUGCGGCGCUGGCUAAACCCGCUGAACAAAAAAAACCUUGGGAUCUCCAAGUUACUACGGCCUUCAGCCGUGCCUACCCCGUUCUCCUGGGAGCAACGCGUGACACGGAUGGGCGGGCGGUCCAUCGCCGCGGGUCGUUACGCCGAAGGGCGGAAGGUUCACCUGUUCCGCCGCCCCUCCGACUGGGCCGACGACCUCACCCGACCAGCGCCGCCCACCGAUGCCAUGCGACACUACCCUGGCUGCUGCACGGUUUCGGAGUAUGACGGUCAUCCGGUCCUUCCUCGUUGCUCUCCCGCGCAUUCAGGUGUGCGGAUCUCCCUGGGACUCUGUGACUGUGAGGGACUUGUUGUCUUGGGUAUACGACGGUUGUUGUCCUUCCGAGCGCCUCCCCACAUGGUUGUGUGAGCCGCCUGGCGCUACGUCACAUAGUUGUUCGGUGCACGUCCAUUCCCGAGCGACCUCGCGUUCUCGCAGAGUGGUUACCCGCGUACCCCUGCUGCGUCCAGACUAGAUCGCUGGUCCUCUGAACGCAGGCGCAUCGCUCAGCAGUGGUCGGGUCUCGCCUUUGCCUGCUCUGUCUUAGGCUUCCCCUUGCGAGGAUGCGUUUUCUGAUGCUGCGACGGUUCGCUGGCGCUGUCAGAAUCCUUCUCCUGCUGGACGACGUCACCAGUCUCUGUCUGCUCAUACCCGUCAGACUCCCUGGAUUGACUUUCCCGCACGAAGAUCGUUCCCUACCUCGCGGUUGUCUCGACACGAUCGCGG